AUGGCGCCGGCCCAGCUAUAUAGCACCAUGUCUGGGCGGCUUUUCCACUCCGGCCGUAUCACAAUUGUUAUGGUUGGACCACCUGCUCGCGGCAAAACACACAUCUGUGUGUCUAUGGCACGCUAUCUCCAAUGGCUUGGCGUCAAAACUCGGAUUUUCCACCUGGGAGACUAUCGCCGAGCCACAAUAGGCCCUGACGGCUCACUUCCUGACGACUAUUUCUUCCCCGAUGCUUCUCCUUCAUCCAUCAUCCUGCGUCAAAAGAUUCUAAAGAAAUGCCGUGAAGAUAUCUAUGCCUGGUUAAACCAUGAAAAUGGCCAGGUUGCUAUUUACGAUGCAGUCAACCCAACGGCGAGUGGAAGACGUUCCCUGGCUAAGGAAUUUGCAAAGCACGACGUCCAGACUCUAUUUAUUGAAUCGUUUGUGGACGACGAGCGAAUUUUACAUGACAAUGCCAUCAAUGUCAAGAUUUCAUCACCGGAUUUUGCUGGAAUGGAUCCUGAAGUAGCGGCGACAAUGUAUCUGAAAAGGAUAGAAAUGAGGAUCCCGGUAUUUGAAACCAUGGACGAAGAGGAACUCAACUAUAUCAAGAUGAUCAAUGCUGGGGAAAAAUUCUUCUACAAUAACGUUAGCUUCGGUUACUUGGCGCACAGAAUUGUCUUCUACCUCACUAACCUUCAUAUCAAAUCACGGACUACCUUCUUUGCCCGUGCGGGCACAACAACAGAAGAGGAUUCGUACAAGGCCGACGCAGACCUCUCAGAACAAGGCAGAUUCUAUGCCCAGCGAAUGUCCGAAACCCUGAUAAAACAUCGCGAACAAGAAAGGCUGGAUAUGAUUGCCAAGGGCGGACUUGAUGUACCUCAACGGCCUCUUUCCAUUUGGACAUCAACGCGUCUUCGCACAAUACAAACUGCUGAUUAUCUUAAAGAAAAGGGAUACAAGGUUCGGCAACGUUCUCAAAUGAGCCAAAUCAAUCCUGGUGUCUGUGAAAAGAUGUCAGAGCGAGUGAUCAGGCAGAUCUAUCCUGAAGAAGUUGAGAAGCAUGGGCUUGAUCCCUAUCAUCAUCGAUACCCCCGUGCGGAGUCCUACCAUGAUCUUGCCGUUCGACUUGAGCCUAUCAUCCUGGAGCUAGAGCGCGAACAGAGCGAUCUCUUGAUUAUUGCUCAUGAGUCUGUUCUUCGUGUGCUAUUCGCCUAUCUCAUGCACUGUUCUACUAUGGAUAUUCCCAAUCUUAAAUUUCCCCGCGACGAAAUUAUCGAGAUUAUUCCUGCCGCAUAUCAGAACGAAGCCAAGCGUAUCCGUAUCCCGGGCUUGGAUCCAAAGCUACUCCCAGGCUCUCCCGAUGGUAUCAGUUUACCCGCCAGUCGACCCAUGAGCAGACCUGAGAGCGGCCAGAUGACUCCCGUUCCUGGCGGCUUGGGUAGCCCAGCUGAGCCUCUGGAGAGGCCGAGCUCAGAGAAAGUAAUCAACACCUCAAAAGACAUGGUGGCAGACAAGAUCCAUGACGAAAUUUAA